AUAGCCACUCAACUCAGCACAUUGAAGGGAUUCUUCAACUGGGCAACAAGAGAUAAAUUCAAGAAUCGACGAGCAGAGAUCUUCAAAGAACUGAGCUUCUUUUCUACCCAGAAAUAUCAUUUUGCUAGGGAGAUGAAGUUAGAUUUGCAGAACGCUGAAAUCCCAAAAGACGAGAGCAGUUGACACUUGAUAUAGUCCAUUUCAGCUAUGAAUUCCUUUCUCUCAGAUUUGCAGUCGAAAAUUGGAAAGUCUAUGGAGACAAACUUUAAAAGGCUGAGAGGUGAUGGAGACGCGUUAAUGGAAUCAAUGGUCUUAGAUGUUGAUCUAGAGAAGCAAAUGCAACCAUGGAAAGAUGAUCCUACAUGGACUGAUCAUCCUCCACACAUAGAGGUGACCGUACCUAAGGGUUCUCUAUGCAAACUGAACUUGAAAGUCGACGUUGGAUUGCCACCGGAUGCGGUUUUCAACAUUGUAACUGACCCUGAAAAUAAGAAGGUUUUCAAAAACAUUCAGAAAGUGAUAUCAAGGAAGGUAUUGGUUGAUGAAGGAUCAAGGCAGGUUGUGGAACUGGAACAAGCUGCAUUGUGGAAAUUCCUUUGGUGGUCGGGAACGAUAUCAGUCCAUGUCUUAGUAGACCAGAAUAGAGAAGAUCGCACGAUGAAAUUCAAGCAAGUGAAAGGUGGGUUCAUGAAAAAGUUUGAGGGUUGUUGGAGAGUGGAACCCCUACUUGUUGAUGAAGAACUAUGCCAUCCAUUUCGACCUCAGAAUGUGAGCGAUUAUCUUUCGUGCACAAAAGGAAAAGGGCGGAUUGGGUCAAAGUUGAGCUUGGAGCAACUGAUUGAGCCCGCCCUUCUUCCUCCCGCACCCAUUUCUGGGUACAUUAGAGGGAUUGCAACCAAGACGACCGAGAUGAUAAUAAGUGACUUGUUAGCUGAGUCUGCUCAGAUCCGAAGAUCUUCUCAAGGCGAAUUUGAGAGCUUGAAAAGCUCUGGCGAUUCGCGAGAUGAUAAUUUGGGGGACAUUAAGGAGAGGUGGGCGUCGAAGAGAAGAAAUGGAAGGAAUCGUAGUGGUAGAAGAUCGUCUUUCGAUGAUUCUUCCAAGUGAAUGAUUUUUUGUAUGGACCUAAGGUUCAUAUGAGAAAGAAACAUGUAUCUUCUCACAUAAAGGGAAAUACUAUAACCGAGGAUGACACCAAGGUUGACAACCACGCCAGACACUAAUUGUGUGUGAGACACUAGCGAUGUCAAUCUUCGUAUCUUCUAUAGUGUGGACACCAAAAGAGCAUUUGUCUUACAAGUAGUUCAUGUAAUUUUUUUAUUCUUCUGUUAGAUGAAAUUCAAGCAAGUGAAAGGUGGGUUCAUGAAAAAGUUUGAGGGUUGUUGGAGAGUGGAACCCCUACUUGUUGAUGAAGAACUAUGCCAUCCAUUUCGACCUCAGAAUGUGACCGAUUAUCUUUCGUGCACAAAAGGAAAAGGGCGGAUUGGGUCAAAGUUGAGCUUGGAGCAACUGAUUGAGCCCGCCCUUCUUCCUCCCGCACCCAUUUCUGGGUACAUUAGAGGGAUUGCAACCAAGACGACCGAGAUGAUAAUAAGUGACUUGUUAGCUGAGUCUGCUCAGAUCCGAAGAUCUUCUCAAGGCGAAUUUGAGAGCUUGAAAAGCUCUGGCGAUUCGCGAGAUGAUAAUUUGUGGGACAUUAAGGAGAGGUGGGCGUCGAAGAGAAGAAAUGGAAGGAAUCGUAGUGGUAGAUCGUCUUUCGAUGAUUCUUCCAAGUGAAUGAUUUUUUGUAUGAUGAAUUUUUGUAUGGACCUAAGGUUCAUAUGAGAAAGAAACAUGUAUCUUCUUACAUAAAUAAUAUAAGAGUAAAUUAUUA